CAGUUUCAGCCUCUGUCAGUCGACAGUUAUAACGCAUAUUUUGCAAGAUUGCUACAUUUAAUUAGCAAGUAAAGUAGUUUUAGUAGGUACUAAGUAGAAUAAUUUAGUAAAAAUGGGAAAGGCACAGCAAUGCAUAACUGGAGUGACUGUGAGCUUCAGCGCCAUGUUGAUGGGCAGCCUCAACUGCUGGCCUUCCUACACACUGGAACUGUUCACGAACCCGAACUCUACAGUGUUGUCCACGCCCAUGACAGAGGUGGAAGCGUCGCUAGUCGGCAGCUUGCCUUCUUUAGGCGCCAUGGCUGGGACAGCCGCGACUGGUGUACUUAUUGACAAUUUGGGGAGAAAAAGAGGUUGCAUGGCGCUAGCUUUACCCUCUCUGCUAUGCUGGAUCAUUGUAGAAUUUUCAUCGUCGGCGCUGCCGAUUAUGGUUGCUCGCUUCAUCGGGGGCAUUGCAGGAGGAGCAAACCUGGUUUACGCUCCAAUUUUCAUAUCGGAAAUUUGCGAGCCUUCUAUAAGAGGAACUUUAUCUUCAGGGACGGUAUCCUUGUACUGCUUUGGAGCCAUCUUAUCGUACUUGAGCGGCUGGUUCCUGUCGUACAGAAUGAUCAUCUGGCUAAACCUGGCCCUAGGCGUCGUAAACCUUUUGCUAUUCAUGCUUGUGGUUGAAAGCCCGCUGUUCUUGCUGAAACAGAAGAGAGAACAAGAAGCUAUAAAGGCGCUAGCGCACUACAGGGACGGGUCUGUUACCUCGAAAAUCGUUUUGGAAGAGCUCUCAGUGAUGAAACAGCAGCUGUCGCCGGCUGUGGAACUACUUUCUGUUAACUCAGAUGAAAAGAAAGAGGAAGAAGCCGAGAAAGAGAAGCUAACCUCCGAGGAACCAGUGCCGGGGACGCACAGACAGCCCGCUAUCAAGUCAUUGUUUACCGAACCGGCUAGUCGCAGAGCGUUCUUGGCUGUAGGAACUGCCUUGACUUUACAGGUGGGCAUGGGGAUUAUAGCGGUACAAGUGUACGCCGGAGAGCUGUUCGCGCAGGCGGCCCCGGACCUGUCCAAGCACUUUUGCUCGGUGCUCCUGGCACUCACCCUGUUCGCCGGCUGCGCCGUCACCGCCGUCGUAGCGGACAAGGCUGGAAGACGGGUGCUGCUAAUCUCCUCGUCAGCGCUGGUGGCGCUGUGCAUGGGCGGGCUGGGCGCCCAGAUGCAGACAGGCAUCCUGCCGGCCUGGGUCUCGGCUGUUCUCGUGCUUCUCUACUGCUUUUGCUUCAUUUUUGGCGCGGGGACCGUGCCCUAUGUUCUGCUGGCUGAAGUCUUCACUCCAGAGGUCCAAGGCAUCGCCUCAAUGAUCCUAGUGGAGUGGGUGUGGCUACUCAACUUCUUGAUUAUCGCGGUGUUCCCGUUCAUGGUGUCGAUGCUGGGCAUCCACGGCUCCUUCUACUCGUUCGCGUGCGUUGGCUUGGUCAACACCUUCCUUAGCUACUUCAAUGUGCCGGAGACGAAAGGGUUGUCCAACAAGCAAAUACAGGAAGUUUUCUCUAAAUAAAUGUUUUAA